CUGUUCAUUUGCAUUGAUAAGCCGUUUGUACCGUUCGCUGCAAGGAAUCGUCAAAGCGAUAUUGAUGAAUUGUCAUCGAAGGAUGUGCUGGAUAUGGGGAAGGUAUUCACUGAAAACGCAAACGAAUGGCUCGAUUCGAGGUCACCAUUCAGCGGGUACCACGAAAUUAAGCGCGGUUAUCGUGUUAAGCUAGACUUUUGGUGUAUGCGACCAGCACUGGCAUAUUUGGAUGCAUUCAAAGAAUGUCGCAGUGUUAUAUUGGCAUCUGGGACGUUAUGUCCAAUCGAGACGUUUCGUUCAGAGCUAGGAACUGAUUUCCCACAAACGAUGGAAGGUAGUCAAGUGAUACCAAAAGAGAACAUUUUUGCUGCCGUUCUCCCGUCGGGUCCGACAGGUCAUCACUUAUGUGGUACGUAUCGUAACGUGCAAAGUGAUGAUCGAUUCAUUCGUGAAAUUUCGUUGUUGUUAAAAUCUGUAUGUGAGAUCGUACCAAAAGGAGUAUUGUGCUUUGUGCCGAGUUAUCAAUUGCUCGACAAAGUGUACAAUUUCAUGGAAGAAAGUGGCAUCUUACGUCAGAUUCAAACCAUCAAAUGCGUUCUACGUGAACCACGUCGAUCCACACAAAUGAAUGAGAUAAUGAGCAAAUACGAAGAGGCCAUCUUCCAUUCGGAUCGUUAUGGACCUCAGUGUACCGGAGCGUUGAUGUUUGCCGUUUUUCGUGGAAAGGUNUCUUCCAUUCGGAUCGUUAUGGACCUCAGUGUUUCCGAAGGAAUCGACUUCCCAGACGAUCGCGCCCGUUGUGUGGUUUCCGUAAGCAUUCCGUUUCCAAACGCAAUGGAUGAACAAGUUUUGGAGAAGAAGAAAUUCAAUAACGAAAAUUGUAAAAAGUUGAGAAUUCUAACCGGUGAUGAAUGGUACACAAUGCAAGCGUAUCGGGCGCUCAAUCAAGCCCUUGGAAGAUGUUUGCGGCAUCGCUCUGAUUGGGGUGCAAUUCUAUUGGCUGACAAGCGUCUGAUGCUUACACAAUCGAAUCCAAACGCGAAAAAAGUUUCAAAAUGGAUUCGUGAGCAGUUGAGACCGCUCAGCAGCUACAAAGACUUCACGUCGAGCCUAGAAGAAUUUGUUACGAGUAUGCAGGCAAAGAGCCAGAUGCAGAAUUCCGAGAGCACAACAACUGAUACCGUCACAAAUGAUAGCACCGAAAUAUCAAUUCAUGAUUCUAGCAGCAUGGCGAGUAGUGGGUCUCGGGAUGAAUAA